AUGGACGAGGAGGACUUGGCAAAGGUGCAAAUGAAGCUCAAGGCCUAUUUUAGCAGCGAACCGAGGUAUCACUUCGAUGGGGUGAUCGGCGGGGGGGCCAACGGCAUUGCCUACAAGAUCACGACGCCAAAUAAGAAACUGGUCCUGAAGAUAUGUCCGCUCGGGGUGGAUCUGGGGGAUGGCAAGCCGCGCGACGACGAUGACGACGAGGAAGCGUCCCUCCCUGAAGAAGUGGCAUCACUGCAGUCCGAGGUGCAAUGGCUACAGAAACUACGUGGCUGCGCGCAUAUUGUACAAACUUUAGAUAUUCCCGGAGACCCUCUACUCCGGAAUGCCCCCGAGGGCGUCGUGCCGCACGGUAUGGGUGCCUGGACAUUCAUGGAAUAUGCCGAGAACGGGACGCUGUUCGACAUGAUCGGCAAGUACCAGAAUUUGUACGCCGGCCAGGUGUUUCCUAAUCGUGUACUUUGGAGGUUUUUCAUGUGCUUAAUCCGAGCUUGCGUAGAAAUGGCGUACUACGAUUCCAAGGAUGGCGACGUCCGAGUGGAUCCUACGACGGUGCCUUUAGAACACCUUGGGGGAAGACCCCCUGGAAAUCUCGCACACAUGGAUAUAAAAGGGUCGAAUAUCGUGGCGGGAGCAUUGAUACCGGGAUUCCAGACACGGGAGCACGAUAUUACGCCUAUACUUAAACUAAUCGACUUUGGUGAAGCGCAGGAAAUAGAUGACGCUUACAGAGAAAGAAACGCCGACUUGAUACGCUUCGAUGCAGAUGCCCAGGCUGCACGUCAUUCAUACAUUCAGCAUUGGGACUGCCAUGCCCUUCUGGCCACCAUGUCUGUCCCACCUCCCGCUUUACGCAAGAAGCUUUCCAAGUCCGACAAAUCCAAGGCUGAGACCAGCCCCGAUUAUCUCGAGGGAAAAGGAAACCCAAUGCAAUACGAGCAGCGAUAG